GGACUAUAUAUCAGCUGCAGAGAGAUUGUGAAGUGCAGUAACCAUGUGGAUGUGCUGCUGAGCUAGCUCUUGGUUGAGGUUUUAGGCUGGCGCUGGGGCUAGCGAGCCUCCUUCCCUAACGGAACUCGGCAGGAGUAAAGGGCUGCCUUCGGGAACAUGGGAUUACUAAGCAGCUCCUAACCCGCUCCAACUCCAGGGCGAGCCGAGCCCCUUAUGCAAUCAGGGUCACCAAGCCAGAGAUGUCCGACAAGAUGUCGAGCUUCCUGCAUAUUGGAGACAUAUGCUCUUUGUACGCAGAGGGCUCAACAAAUGGAUUUAUCAGCACUUUGGGACUUGUGGAUGACCGGUGUGUUGUACAGCCAGAAACAGGUGAUCUUAACAACCCUCCUAAAAAAUUCAGAGAUUGCCUCUUUAAGUUAUGCCCCAUGAACCGCUAUUCUGCACAGAAGCAGUUUUGGAAAGCUGCUAAACCAGGAGCUAACAGCACAACUGAUGCUGUAUUGCUCAACAAGCUACAUCAUGCUGCAGAUUUGGAGAAGAAACAGAAUGAGACUGAGAAUAAGAAGCUGCUUGGUACAGUUAUCCAAUAUGGCAAUGUUAUUCAGCUUUUGCACUUGAAAAGCAACAAGUACCUGACUGUAAAUAAGAGACUUCCAGCUUUGCUAGAGAAGAAUGCUAUGAGGGUGACGCUGGAUGAAGCUGGCAAUGAGGGGUCCUGGUUUUACAUACAGCCAUUCUACAAAUUGCGUUCCAUAGGAGAUAGUGUGGUCAUUGGGGACAAGGUGGUCUUGAAUCCUGUUAAUGCUGGCCAGCCUUUGCAUGCCAGUAGUCAUCAACUAGUAGACAAUCCUGGUUGCAAUGAGGUGAACUCAGUGAACUGUAAUACAAGCUGGAAAAUAGUCCUUUUUAUGAAAUGGAGCGAUAAUAAAGAUGAUAUCCUAAAAGGGGGUGAUGUGGUAAGGUUGUUCCACGCGGAGCAGGAAAAGUUUCUGACUUGUGAUGAACACAGAAAGAAGCAGCAUGUCUUUCUGAGAACUACCGGGAGGCAGUCAGCUACUUCUGCAACAAGUUCAAAAGCUCUGUGGGAAGUUGAGGUAGUACAACAUGACCCUUGUCGAGGUGGUGCGGGAUAUUGGAACAGCCUUUUUCGGUUCAAACAUCUUGCUACUGGACACUACUUAGCUGCAGAGGUAAAUCCUGACUAUGUGGAAGAUAACCAGGAAUGUCAGUUCUCACUGGAUCCUGACCAGGAUGCAGCCAGAAGAGGAUUGCAUAAUGCUCCAGAGAAGAUGGCAUAUUCUUUAGUCUCUGUGCCUGAAGGAAACGAUAUUUCUUCCAUCUUUGAGCUUGAUCCCACUACUUUACGAGGGGGAGACAGCCUUGUCCCGAGGAACUCCUAUGUCAGACUUAGACAUCUAUGUACAAAUACUUGGGUUCACAGCACCAAUAUCCCUAUUGAUAAAGAAGAAGAAAAACCUGUGAUGCUCAAAAUUGGCACCUCUCCAGUAAAAGAGGACAAAGAAGCUUUUGCUAUAGUGCCAGUUUCUCCUGCAGAAGUUCGAGACUUGGAUUUUGCAAAUGAUGCAAGCCAAGUAUUGGGUUCCAUUGCUGGCAAGUUGGAAAAAGGAACAAUAACCCAGAACGAAAGGCGGUCUGUUACGAAGUUGCUGGAAGAUCUGGUAUACUUUGUUACUGGUGGAACAAAUUCUGGACAAGAUGUGCUUGAAGUGAUGUUCUCAAAGCCAAACAGAGAACGACAAAAGCUUAUGAGAGAACAAAAUAUUCUGAAACAGAUCUUCAAGCUAUUACAAGCACCAUUUACUGACUGUGGAGAUGGACCAAUGCUGAGGCUAGAAGAACUUGGAGACCAACGCCAUGCUCCUUUCAGACACAUAUGUCGGCUUUGUUAUAGAGUUUUGAGACACUCCCAGCAAGACUACAGGAAGAACCAGGAAUACAUAGCCAAGCAGUUUGGCUUUAUGCAGAAACAAAUUGGCUAUGAUGUAUUGGCAGAAGACACAAUAACAGCAUUGCUCCAUAAUAAUCGUAAACUGUUGGAGAAACACAUCACUGCUGCUGAGAUUGAUACCUUUGUUAGCCUUGUAAGAAAAAACAGAGAGCCCAGGUUCUUGGAUUACCUGUCAGACCUUUGUGUGUCCAUGAACAAAUCUAUUCCGGUGACCCAGGAGCUGAUUUGUAAAGCGGUAUUAAACCCAGCAAAUGCAGAUAUACUUAUUGAAACUAAACUGGUUCUGUCUCGGUUUGAAUUUGAAGAGUUAUCAUCCGGAGAGAAUUCCCUGGAGGUUGGUGAGGAUGAGGAAGAAGUCUGGUUAUUCUGGAGAGACCGCAACAAAGAGGUCCGCAGUAAGAGUAUCAGAGAGCUGGCUCAGGAUGCUAAAGAAGGGCAGAAGGAAGACCGGGAUGUACUCAGCUACUACAGGUACCAGCUGAAUCUCUUUGCUAGGAUGUGUCUUGAUCGGCAGUACUUGGCUAUAAAUGAAAUAUCUGGCCAGCUAGAUGUAGAUCUCAUCCUUCGUUGCAUGUCUGAUGAAAAUUUGCCUUAUGACUUGAGAGCAUCAUUCUGCCGGCUGAUGCUGCAUAUGCAUGUCGACAGAGAUCCCCAAGAACAAGUGACACCAGUAAAAUAUGCCAGAUUGUGGUCAGAGAUACCUUCUGAAAUUGCAAUUGAUGACUAUGAUAGCAGUGGAACUUCCAAAGAUGAAAUCAAGGAGAGGUUUGCACAAACCAUGGACUUUGUUGAGGAAUAUUUAAGAGAUGUUGUUUGCCAAAGAUUUCCUUUCUCCGAUAAAGAAAAAAAUAAACUCACCUUUGAGGUGGUAAACUUGGCCCGAAACCUGAUUUAUUUUGGCUUCUAUAAUUUUUGUGACCUGCUUAGGCUAACAAAAAUCCUCCUAGCCAUUUUGGACUGUGUACAUGUUGCUACGAUCUUUCCUAUCACCAAAGUGGCAAAAGGAGAAGAAAAUAAAGGGAGCAACGUUAUGAGAUCUAUCCAUGGAGUUGGAGAGCUGAUGACCCAAGUUGUACUCAGGGGUGGUGGGUUCUUGCCCAUGACUCCUCUUGCUGCAGCUCCAGAAGGUAACGUGAAACAGGUUGAACCUGAGAAAGAAGACAUCCUGGUAAUGGACACCAAGCUGAAAAUUAUUGAGAUACUUCAGUUUAUUUUGAAUGUGAGAUUGGAUUACAGAAUCUCAUGCCUUCUGUGCAUAUUUAAACGUGAGUUUGAUGAAAGCAAUGCACAGACACCUGAUUCACCUACAGGAAGUAAUCACCAGGAAAUGCCAAAUGUACCAGGAGCUCUUGACUUUGAACAUAUUGAAGAGCAAGCAGAAGGAAUAUUUGGAGGCAGUGAAGAGAAUACACCACUAGAUUUGGAUGAUCAUGGUGGUAGAACUUUCCUUAGAGUCUUGCUCCAUUUAACAAUGCAUGACUAUCCUCCACUGGUGUCUGGAGCACUUCAGCUACUCUUUAGACACUUUAGUCAGAGACAAGAAGUCCUUCAGGCCUUUAAACAGGUUCAGCUACUUGUUACCAGCCAAGAUGUUGACAACUACAAGCAGAUAAAACAAGAUUUGGAUCAGUUAAGAUCAAUUGUGGAGAAAUCAGAGCUCUGGGUAUACAAAGGCCAGGGACCUGAUGAAACUAUGGAUGUAACAACAGGAGAGAAUGAACAUAAGAAAAAGGAGGAAGGCCACAGCAAAUCCAGGAAACCUGAAAGUACUAGUAGCUAUAAUUACAGGGUAGUAAAAGAGAUUUUGCUUCGACUUAGCAAGCUUUGUGUACAAGAGAGCAUCUUGGUCAGGAAAAGCCGGAAGCAGCAGCAGAGGUUGCUCCGAAACAUGGGAGCUCACACUGUGGUCCUGGAGCUCUUACAGAUCCCAUAUGAGAAAGCUGAAGAUACAAGGAUGCAGGAGAUCAUGAAACUUGCCCAUGAGUUCCUACAGAACUUCUGUGCUGGCAAUCAACAGAAUCAAGCUUUGCUCCACAAGCAUAUAAAUCUGUUUCUCAACCCUGGGAUCCUGGAGGCUGUGACAAUGCAACAUAUCUUCAUGAACAAUUUCCAGCUUUGCAGUGAGAUAAAUGAGCGGGUGGUUCAACACUUUGUGCACUGUAUUGAAACUCAUGGAAGGAAUGUCCAGUACAUUAAGUUUCUGCAGACAAUUGUUAAGGCUGAAGGAAAAUUCAUUAAAAAGUGUCAGGAUAUGGUCAUGGCUGAGCUGGUCAAUGCGGGGGAAGAUGUCCUAGUUUUCUACAAUGACAGAGCCUCCUUCCAGACACUAGUGCAGAUGAUGAGAUCAGAACGGGACAGGAUGGAUGAAAACAGUGCUCUAAUGUAUCAUAUCCAUUUAGUUGAACUGUUGGCUGUUUGCACCGAAGGCAAAAAUGUCUACACAGAAAUCAAGUGCAACUCUCUCCUCCCUUUGGAUGACAUUGUAAGGGUUGUAACCCAUGAAGAUUGUAUACCUGAGGUUAAAAUUGCUUACAUCAACUUCCUAAAUCAUUGCUAUGUAGACACAGAAGUUGAAAUGAAAGAGAUUUAUACAAGCAAUCACAUGUGGAAGCUCUUUGAAAAUUUCCUCGUUGACAUCUGUAGGACUUGCAACAACACCAGUGACAGGAAGCAUGCAGAUUCUGUAUUAGAGAAGUAUGUGACAGAAAUAGUGAUGAGUAUAGUUACCACUUUCUUCAGUUCCCCAUUCUCAGAUCAAAGCACAACUUUACAGACUCGCCAGCCUGUGUUUGUGCAACUCUUGCAAGGUGUGUUCAGAGUGUAUCAUUGCAACUGGCUCAUGCCCAGUCAAAAAGCAUCAGUGGAAAGCUGUAUCAGAGUACUUUCAGAUGUAGCAAAGAGCAGAGCGAUUGCUAUCCCAGUUGAUCUGGAUAGCCAAGUCAACAACCUCUUCCUCAAAUCUCAUAAUAUAGUACAAAAAACAGCAAUGAACUGGAGGAUGACAGCAAGGAAUGCUGCUCGGAGAGACUCUGUGAUGGCUGCUUCUAGGGAUUACCGCAACAUCAUUGAGAGACUGCAGGAUAUAGUGUCUGCCUUGGAAGAUCGCUUACGCCCACUUGUCCAGGCUGAGUUGUCGGUAUUGGUGGAUGUCCUUCAUAGACCAGAAUUGCUCUUCCCAGAGAAUACAGAUGCAAGAAGGAAAUGUGAAAGUGGAGGCUUCAUUUGCAAGUUAAUAAAACAUACUAAGCAGCUGCUGGAGGAGAAUGAGGAGAAACUUUGUAUUAAAGUAUUACAGACACUCAGAGAAAUGAUGACCAAAGAUAGAGGCUAUGGAGAGAAGGGUGAGGCGCUCAGACAGGUUUUAGUCAACCGUUACUAUGGCAAUGUCAGAAGCGCAGGAAGAAGAGAGAGCCUGACCAGCUUUGGCAAUGGCCCAUUGUCUCCUGGAGGCCCUAGCAAAGCUGGGGGAGGAGGAGUCGGAUCUGGUUCCAGCUCAGCAAACCGAGGUGAAAUGAGUUUGACAGACGUCCAAUGUCAUCUGGAUAAGGAAGGUGCAUCCAACCUGGUCAUAGAUCUCAUCAUGAACGCCACCAGCGAUAGAGUUUUUCAUGAAAGCAUCCUGCUGGCUAUUGCUCUCUUGGAAGGUGGUAACACUAUUAUACAGCACUCAUUUUUUUGCCGACUAACAGAAGAUAAAAAGUCAGAAAAAUUCUUCAAAGUUUUUUAUGAUCGGAUGAAAGUGGCUCAACAAGAAAUUAAGACUACAGUCACAGUUAAUACCAGUGAUUUGGGGAAUAAAAAGAAAGAUGAUGACUCAGACAGAGAUGUACCAGCCAGGAAAAGAGCAUUAAGGGAACCCAUGACCCAAAUAACAGAGGAAGUGCGAGAUCAGUUGGUUGAAGCCUCUGCUGCAACAAGGAAGGCAUACAACACUUAUAGGAGGGAAGCUGAUCCUGAGGACCAUUAUUCAGCUGGGGACGGAGCACAGCCUGCGGCAGACAAAAACAAAGAUGAAUUGGAGAUGGAGAUGAGUCCUGUUAUCACAAUAAUGCAGCCCAUCUUGCGUUUCCUGCAGCUGUUGUGUGAAAACCACAAUCGGGACCUGCAGAAUUUCCUGCGUUGUCAAAACAACAAGACUAAUUACAACUUAGUGUGUGAGACACUGCAAUUUCUGGACUGUAUUUGUGGAAGCACAACUGGAGGACUUGGACUUCUUGGGCUGUACAUUAAUGAGAAAAAUGUAGCACUGAUCAACCAGACACUGGAAAGUUUGACAGAGUACUGCCAGGGACCAUGCCAUGAAAACCAGAACUGCAUUGCUACUCAUGAGUCCAAUGGUAUAGAUAUAAUUACAGCAUUAAUUCUCAAUGAUAUCAACCCCCUGGGAAAAAAGCGAAUGGAUCUUGUAUUAGAACUGAAGAACAAUGCCUCUAAGCUACUCUUGGCAAUAAUGGAAAGUAGGCAUGACAGUGAGAAUGCAGAAAGGAUCCUUUAUAACAUGAGACCCAAAGAACUGGUGGAAGUGAUUAAAAAGGCUUAUCUGCAAGGUGAGGUUGAGUUUGAGGAUGUAGAGAAUGGUGAAGAUCUUGCUGCAUCUCCUAGAAAUGUGGGGCAUAACAUUUACAUAUUAGCCCAUCAGCUCGCUCGUCAUAACAAAGAGUUGCAGAACAUGUUAAAGCCUGGAGGUCAAAUUGAUGGAGACGAAGCCUUGGAAUUCUAUGCUAAGCACACGGCCCAGAUUGAGAUCGUUAGAUCUGAUCGUACGAUGGAGCAAAUAGUUUUCCCUGUGCCCAGUAUAUGUGAGUUCCUCACCAAGGAGUCUAAACUAAGAGUUUACUAUACUACCGAGAGGGAUGAACAAGGCAGUAAAAUAAAUGACUUUUUCAUGAGAUCAGAAGACCUCUUCAGUGAAAUGAACUGGCAAAAGAAAUUAAGAGCUCAGCAUAUAUUGUACUGGUGCUCACGCAACAUGUCCUUCUGGAGCAGUAUUUCAUUUAACCUUGCAGUCCUUAUGAAUCUUCUGGUAGCAUUUUUCUAUCCAUUUAAAGGAAUCAAAGGAGGUACACUGGAGCCCCACUUGUCAGGCUUACUGUGGACAGCAAUGUUGAUAUCAUUUGCCAUAGUUAUUGCCUUACCUAAACCGCACGGCAUUAGAGCUUUAAUAGCUUCCACAAUAUUGCGGCUAAUAUUUUCAGUUGGUUUACAGCCAACGUUAUUUCUUCUGGGGGCUUUCAAUGUUUGUAACAAAAUUAUAUUUCUGAUGAGUUUUGUUGGUAACUGUGGAACAUUCACUAGAGGAUACAAAGCCAUGAUCAUGGAUGUGGAGUUCCUUUAUCAUCUACUGUACCUUCUUAUUUGUGCAAUGGGACUUUUCGUUCAUGAAUUUUUUUACAGCUUGCUGCUUUUUGACUUGGUGUACAGAGAGGAGACCUUGCUGAAUGUCAUUAAAAGUGUCACUCGCAAUGGACGCUCCAUCAUCCUGACUGCUGUUCUUGCUCUUAUCCUGGUUUACCUGUUCUCGAUAGUAGGCUACCUGUUCUUCAAGGAUGACUUUAUCUUGGAAGUAGAUAAGCUACCUAAUGAGACACUAUUGCCAGAUCAGCAUACUGAAGCUGGUGAGACAAUGACCACAGAAUUCCUGUAUUCUAACGUGUGCAGAAUAGGGAGUGGGGAAAACUGUUCUUCUGUUGUUCCUUCAGCAGAGCUGUUUUCUGAAGAAGCUGAAGAAGAGGAUAAAGAACAUACGUGCGAGACGUUGCUGAUGUGCAUUGUUACUGUGCUUAGUCAUGGGCUGCGGAGUGGGGGCGGUGUUGGAGAUGUGCUCAGGAAACCAUCCAAGGAGGAACCUCUUUUUGCUGCAAGAGUGAUCUAUGACCUCCUCUUUUUCUUCAUGGUGAUCAUUAUUGUCCUUAAUCUGAUUUUUGGUGUUAUUAUUGAUACCUUUGCUGAUCUAAGAAGUGAGAAACAAAAGAAAGAAGAAAUCUUAAAAACAACAUGCUUUAUUUGUGGUCUGGAAAGAGACAAGUUUGAUAAUAAGACAGUCACUUUUGAAGAGCAUAUUAAAGAGGAACAUAAUAUGUGGCACUACUUAUUCUUUAUUGUCUUGGUCAAAGUAAAGGAUUCCACAGAAUAUACAGGACCUGAAAGCUAUGUGGCAGAAAUGAUAAAGGAGAGAAAUCUAGAUUGGUUCCCUCGGAUGCGUGCCAUGUCACUUGUGAGUAGUGAUUCUGAAGGAGAACAGAAUGAACUUAGAAACUUGCAAGAAAAACUUGAAUCUACCAUGAAGCUUGUGUCCAAUCUCUCUAAUCAGCUGUCUGAGCUUAAAGAUCAGAUGACAGAACAGAGGAAGCAAAAACAGCGCAUUGGUCUCCUAGGGCACCCGCCUUCUACCAAUGUGAACCCGCAGCAGCCAGCAUAAAUCAGAUGGGCCUCUUGUUUCCCCCCCCUACCCCCCCCAGUUCAUAACAAGAGUUGAGAUUCAGUCCUUAAAGCUGCUUCUGUAUGCCUAGCUCGUUAUGUGUAAAUAACUGUUUUUAUACUGUAUGUAUAGGGCUUCAUUGAUAAAGUAUGGGCUUAUAUAUAUAUUGGCACAUUCUUGGAAGGGGGGAUUACAUUUGUGCCAAAAAUGCCUUUUACAGGAAGAAGUUAAGGGCACACCUAACUUGCACUUGAAAAGGAUUAUUAAAAUAGUAUGUGACCUGUAUUUUGUAUUUAAGAUUUUCAGUUAGCUAGUAUUUGUUUUUUAUACAGUUGUGCAAUAUGAAUUAUGCAAUCACACUAAACGUGUUACCUACUCCUGUGUGUCCUAAAGGGAGUGCACAUCUUUGAAUCUGGUGUUGUCUUAUAUCAUUUACUAAAUGCCAUCAAAUGACACAGCAAAGCAAGGCUGCUGCCAAACUGUAUGUUCUCCAGGGCAUUUUUGUAACACGUAGCAUUCCAAGAAAUUGACACACUAUGGCAGCGGUGCCUCCUCUUACCACCCACCCACCCCCAACUUUCCUCUUAAUCUAUUUUUGUUUUCAAUUAAAAGUAAACAAGCAAGGUUCUUAAAUGUUAUUAUGAGGAUUCCUCCCCCUUCCCUGCUGCCCCAGGUGUGAUGCUGCAUCUUAGUUGACAAAUCCCUAAAUCCCAGAAAGCUGUGGAAGAGGCUCAAGCAUUCAUUUAUGAAGGAAUCAGAAUUCUGAAGGGAACUUUUUAUUUUAUGAAAAAUUAAAACUAGGAUGGUUCUACACUGCUAAAAAUCAGUGUAAUCUUCUAGGGGAUUUUGUUUGUUUGUGCUAUAUUGGUUUAGAAGAAUCUAGAAGGGUUUCCAGGUUGCCACCUCAGUCUAGCAUCUACAUUUUGUUACUUGGACAAAAGUACAUUCCCCUCCUGCAUUACACCACAUUGAAAUAUGAACUAUCCCUUUCAGGACUCCUACCUGAGCACUGAUUUUGUAAUACUUGCAAAAGAGCCACUGGUUUUGGAUUGUAUUUUAGUUUUCCUUCCAUCUUGGUCACAUUUUCGUUGUUCAUGACAACUGAAAAAUGUGAUUUCUUUAUAUACCUAUCACCUAGUUUUGUACAUGGUCCUCUUUACAAAACUUUAUUCUCUGCUUUUAAAAAAGCAGAAAUAUGAGAGUGCUUAUUAAAGUUUGUAAAUGCAUAACUAUAGGUAUUUAAAUAAAAUAUAUAAUGAUAAUGUACAGUG